CAACGAUUGUUGGUGGCGACAUCGGUGUUGGGUGGUGCGACGACAAUGGUGGCUUUCUGGCUACGGCGAUGGAGGCUUCAGAGGGGGCAUAUGAGCAACUAGAGUUCGAGAAGCCACACUGGGCCCUAUUGGGUACCGACCCACUUGUGUGUUUUUCGGGCCUUUUGUUUGGUAUUCUGAUUCUGGUUGUUUUUUCUGCUUGUUCUUUUCUUAAUGAACAACUCUUUUAAAAAACAUUUUUUUCAAGUUAUUUUAUUGUUUUUACUAUUUGUUUUUUUAUUUUUCACGGCAAUUAAAAAUAACCACACACAUAUAAAUAUAGUCAUUCAUUAGUAGAUAUAAUAAACACUUUCUCAAAUUAACCUUCAUGAACUCAAAUUUUCUCAAUUCUUAUGCAUCCACAUCAGCUUUAUUUUCAUGUUAUUUUAUUAUUUUAACUAUUUUUAAUUUUAUGUUUCAUUGCAAUGAAAAAUAACCAAACAUAUAAAAUAGUCAUUAGUAGGAUUUAAACCUACAAUCUAUAGAUGCUACGCUUUGUUUUGUUAAAGGCACUUAACUAGUAAAACAAACUUUAUUUGAUACUAAUCACAAAUCUAAUUUGAUAUUAAUCACAACAUAAUUAGUGCUAUCAUAUCAUCAUAUGUGUUGAACACUUAACUUUGAAUCAAUAAUCUGUUCACUCCAGUUAACCAAAUCUAUAAAAGAUAUAAUGGCAAAACGAAAGUUAAAUUUUCAGGGAUUCAAAAUCCCAGCACCCAGAGGGUUUCCCGGAAGGAUAUAUAUGUCAUAUCACCCAUAUUAAUUGAUCCCUUGCGUUUUGGUGCUCCCUUGCUUUCUGGCGGAGAUUCCCCUCUCUGUAUAUCAUUCAUUGGGCCAACUAAAGGCGGCCCAAGGUAGUCCUCCCCAGCUACGAGCCCAAAACCCAUUGGUGAGUCUCAUGUAGGCAGCAACAUAUUGGGAAAACAAGCCAGGACCUGUCGUUUUCUUCAGGACCAGCCGACAGCCCUGGGGAACACAACGCCGGUUCGUCUUCUUCUCUUCUUCAACAUUGAUCUUCCCUUUCCUUCUCGAAACAUACCGCAAAACAGGAGCUGCAAUUGCUCAACCCGUAAUCAUUGUACAGACCGUUUGUCUUCUUAUCUACGUCGGCGUUCUUCUUUCCUUUCCUUCUCCAAACAUACUGCAAACACAGGAGCUGCAAUAGCUCAACCCGUAAUCAUUGAGUGGGGCUGUGCUGCGACGUUAUUCACGCAGCUAAUACGAGGUACGUUGGUACGGGUAUUGUGAGUAGCGUUGGUCAGGGGUAAUAUCCCUUCCGGUAUGUCAGCUUCAUAGUUCAAGAUUACCUAUUCUCAUUGUCGUUCCCUGCAAUAUCUUUCUAUUCUGUUGUCUUCAAAUAUCAUCUUUUGUUACUAAUUAAGUAAUUACUAAUUAAGUAAUUAUACCUCACCGUGUUGUUUGGUCGUUCAGGGUCUUCGUGGAGGCAACUAUGGCCGCAAAUCACCCCGCUGCUGGUGCCUCUACAUUGGGUUUAAGUGGUCGGCAAGUACAUCAUUCAAGAAAACAAUGUACUUUCUAUUCCUAUGUUCUUUUCCUCUGCCCAUUCUUCUCCUAUAUGGUUAACGUGUGCACACAAUAUAAGGCCUUUCCUCUCCCGUAUUUUGAUUUUCCAGGGUUGAUGCGGGCAAUAUUCAAGCCGCCAAAACCUCCUUCCAGACAACAAAUUGCUGCUGAACGGGAUCGUAUCCGUCAACGUAAUACAGCGGCCCCUGUUCAGUACAUUAUAUUAAACGCAGUCAUGUUUUUUGGACGUAAAUAAUGCCAUUUUAUAUUUUAUCCUUUCAGAAAUACAGAUUCUUGAAACACAAUUGCGCUAUAUCGAUCGCAUGAUCGCCCAGGCCAAUCGGCACCGACGACGGGUGAUUUUGAACACGCGCUUGAGACCUACGGUUCAACAUGCUAGACAUGGUAAUCAUCAAUAUCUUUUAGAGGUGUCAAUCCAUUUUUUGAGGCGCAGUAUAUAAUUUGCUCUGACUUCAUUACCCUUACAUAUGUUGCUUGCGGUAAAUAUGGAUGGGAUGAAAUUCAAUUGUUUGAUGAAUUGUUGAUUGAGUAAAUGCAUUGCCAAAUUUGAUGUCUCAGAUUAUAGUUCAUGCAUCUCACGAUUGCGGACAAAACGAGCACGAGUUAUGCGAUCAAUUUAUUUGUGCAAAAGGCGGAUGAUUCAUGCUGUUCCCAGGAGGUUUUCCCGUUUUCAUGGUUUGUGGUUUCAUAUUUCAUGUUUUUGCAGGGGAUAAAUCUAAUUUUUUAUGUACCAGCCAACUUAUGUAACUACUUUGAUUAUAGGGUAUCCUGUUGUGGAAGUUUACAGUCUUGGCCAGCCUUCAAGCAUUUGUCAGUACUGUUCAGCAAUUAUGUGGCCAGAAGAAAGUACAGUGCCUACUAGGAAUCACGCCAAUCCUGUCUUCCCAUUAUGUUGCAAAGCGGGAAAGGUUAAACUGCCUCCCAGACGUGAUCCACCUGAAUUUUUGCAAGAAUUAUUAAACUCGCCUACACCUAUUAGCCGUCAUUUCCGGGAAGCAAUUCGUAUAUACAAUGUUGUAUUUUGCUUCAUAUCCCUGGGUGGCAAAGUGGAUCGUGGGAUAAAUGAUGGCCGGGGUGUGUAUGUAUACUCUAUAAGUGGUCAGAUUUAUCACUCCAUAGGCAGCUUACUUCCUGCAGAAGGUCAGGCACCGAGGUUUGCGCAAUUAUAUAUUCAUGAAUCUAGCUCUGAACUGCAGAAUCGUUUACAGUUAUUUCCAGUUGAUGAUCAGUCAAAUUCAUUGCGUCCAGAGAUUGUUGAAGGAUUGCAAAACAUGUUUGACAGAAACAAUGUUCUGGUCCAGACCUUUCGAAUGGCUAGGGAAAAGAUUCAUGAAGGCAAUGUUCAAGAAGUGAAGAUCAAAUUAUUUGCUAAGCGUACACAUGAUGGGAGAGAAUAUGAUCUGCCAACAGGAAAUGACAUAGCAGCAUUGAUUGUUGACGAAACAGGUCAGGAUACAUAUUCGCCAGAUAUUAUUGUCCAAUAUAAGAGCUCUCAACUCGAGAGAAUUAAUUUUCAUCAUCCAUCUUUGAUGGCAUUACAAUACCCCAUUCUAUUCCCUUAUGGCGAGGAUGGAUGGCAUCCGGAUAUAAGCUGCAAUGAUGUUGAUGAUAAUGAUGAUGACAAUCCUGAGAAUCUUUGGAAUGACAAAUCUUUGUCCCAGUGUGAUUACUAUGCAUACCGCAUGCAAAGUAGAUUUCAGGAGUCAAAUUCGUUGUUAUUAGCUGGAAAAUUAUUUCAGCAGUAUGUUGUCAAUGCAUAUGCAUUGGUGGAAGCAGAACGGCUUGAUUGGAUCCGCAAUAACCAGUCUAAACUUCGUGCCCAUUACGUUAGUGGUUUGCUCGAUGCUUUUCUACGGGGUGACUCUGAUUUAGAGAUGACUGGGAAGCAUGUGAUUUUGGCUGCUUCGCAUACUGGGAGUCCACGUUAUAAGUAUGAAAAUUUCCAGGAUGCUAUGGCUAUUUGUAGGUGGCUGGGAUACCCUGAUUUAUUUAUUACAUUCACCUGCAAUGCAAAUUGGCCAGAAAUACAAUUUAUGGUUGACUUGGUCAACUCAGAUGGUCGCAAAGAUGUCAACAGAUCUGAUAUUAUUGCUAGAGUCUUCAAGCUGAAACUGCAUCAACUAAUGACUGAGAUCAGGGAUAAAAAAAUUUUCGGAGCCACAACUGGACGUAAGUCAUACACUUUGGUUAACUUUUCAUUUUAUGUUAUGUUAGGUCAUUUUAUUUCAUAGCCAUAAAUUUGUUUUGUCAUUUUCACUUAUUGCAACUAAGCAUUUUUUUUCUUCACUUACUGGCCUUUAUUGCAUGGCAUCUUUCACAUUACACGUCCCAUUUUAAAGUACGUUUGCAUCCAUUUUGUUUUUUUUCCCACAAGUAAUUGCUUUGUUUAUACCCCUCCCAUGCGUGUAUUGCAUGUUUAUGUAAUGCACAUACUCAAUUAGACCUCCACAUAACUGGAAGUUUUUAAAUUCUCACAAAUUGCAAUUGUCUUUUCCUCCAACGCUGAAAUAUUUGUCAGGAUCCUAUGCACAAUAAAUACGGUGGUUUUUUUUUUGUUUGUUUGCAGAUGUUAUGGCAAUUGAGUUUCAAAAGCGGGGCCUCCCACAUGCUCAUUUGUUAGUCUUCCUAGCUUCUGAAUAUAAACUAACUGGCCCGAAUGACAUUGACUCUGUAAUAUCAGCAGAAGUACCAAACCCCGAUCUUGAUCCAGAAGGUUAUCGCGCUGUAACGGCAUUUAUGUUGCAUGGUCCAUGCGGUGUUUUAGGUCGUAAUGCGCCUUGCACAGAGGGUGGUGUCUGUACGAAACAUUUUCCGAAGCAGUUUUGUGAGCAAACUACUAUUGAUGAUAAUGGAUUCGCCAAAUAUCGACGGCGCGACAGUGGGAUAUCAUUCACAGUCAACUCUGUGCCGUUGGACAAUCGUUUCGUUGUUCCAUACAAUCGCUAUUUGUUGUUGCGUUUCGAUGCACAUAUAAACGUUGAGUUUUGCAAUAAAUCCAGGUAUGUUCUAAAAUCAUUUUUAUAGAUAGUUGUAUACCGGGUGUCUUUGCUUUACUAUAUAGUAUAUAGACAUGCUGGGCAGAUUAGGUGGGUGGAGCACCCAGCUCGGCUGCUUAAUGGAUUUUCUUUGAUUUUCAAUUUUUUUUUUGGACACAUCAUGAAUGCGUACUAAGUAUAGGUGAAAUGAUUAUUGGGGGAACUUAGCUAUUCCUCCCCGUUUGCUUGAUUUACUUGGUUGGCAGUGUACAGUUCAGCCAUGUAAUUUUCGGCCAACAUUCCCCAAAAGUCAAAGAAAUCCUCUAGCUGUUCUGUCAUCAUCCAUUAGCUUUUAUUGUGGGGUUUUAGUUUAUCCAUUUAUGGUAGGCAUUCCCUAAUUUAUAUCUGAUAUAGUUUUUUUUUUUUUUACAAAUAUCUUAUAUGGUAGCCAUUCUCCAAUUUAUAUCUGAUAUAGUUCAAAUGGAUGUAAUUAGCUGUGUCCAUGUAUGCCCAUGUGAGUAGAGAAGGAUUGCAAGUUGCCGUAAAUGGGGAUCCUAUGCUGGACCCCAAAAAUUUAAACUAUACCCGCAAAAUGGACAAGCUAAAAUGAUAAUAAAUUCAAAUGUACCUG